AUGCAAUUCCAGCACACAGCGCUUUUUUUCGGACUUUUGAUCACUACGUACUGCAAGAAUAUCGGUGAAUUGGCACCACAGCAGUUAAGCCUUUUGCAAAGGCUUGUAAUCGGCAGAUGUUCGGAGUGGGCGUUUGCUCACGUUGAAUAUGACAUUAAUUGUCAAAAGGUGUGGACGGACUUUGAGAAAAUUAUAACGGACAGCCGGCUGGAGCAUUUAUGCACAAUGGACCCAAGCAUGUUUGAUCAGUUUGUUUCUGAUUUGUUCAAAUUCGAACCAAAAUUGAAAAAGCCGUUUUUUUGGUCGCGCAGUGGAACUUUGGCAAUGGCCGUGUGCAGGAAGCUCGGCGUAUGUGAUGUACUCGAGGGCACACUUCCUGGCUUCAUUUUCAACGAGUUGAAUUGGUGUGAUAAGACGCUGACUGCCGGAACGGUUUAUCAAACACAAUGCGGCUGUUCCGGUAAAGCGCAACUAGUUUACGCUUUUUGGAAGAGUGCUUCAAAAUUGUAUUCGCAGCUGGUCGAAGGUGAUGUUGGAGUGCUCCUCAAUGGAUCUUUGGUGACACCUUACGACAAAAAUCGCACAUUCGCUUCUUCGGAAUUACCUCAUCUGUACUACCCUCGAGUGAAAAAACUCACCGCCUACCUCGCCUACAACUUGGACGAAGAGGAUGUCCGUCCAAAUGCUGGUUGUAACUCGGAAAGCAUGCUAACCCUCAAAGCCGAUGUCCUUCGUAAGAACAUCACCUAUGUUUGCACCGAACAGCCUGCAACGGCAGGUGAUCAUGUUUUGUUUGUCAGUGUUUCGUCCUACCUAAUCCAGAGCAAAACUCGAUUUACUCUUCCAGCAUCCCCUGAAACAAACUUGUCAUUUUGGCCAGUUUACUGCACGACGGAGUAA